AUGGUAUGUGGAUGUCACAGUUUGAAGGGCAUUGAGAGUUGUGUGUCCAAGUAUAAUAUUGUAGGCAGAAGGAUAGUCUCAAACGAAGAAAGUGAGGAGUUUGGUAGACUACCGUGGAUAUUCGCCGAUGGUGAUUGGGAGAUCAGUAGAGCCAGUGAAGGUCACCUGAUUGCCAGUGAAUCCGACCAGAGGGAAGCAACUAAUGCUCUCCUCACAUGGAAAACAAGCCUGCAAAGUACAAACGAUUCCCUGCUAACUUCAUGGGUGCUUCCACCCCAUGAUAGUGGCUCAACAAAUGCCAGUCCCUGCAAUUUGUUUGGAGUUUCUUGCAACCUUGAUGGAAGCGUCAUUAAAUUGAACCUCACAAGUUCAAGUUUUUUCGGUCCCAUUUCUAUUUCUUUAACCAAUUUGAGAAACUUGACUCAUCUAUAUCUCUAUGGAAAUGAUCUUUUUGGUUCCAUUCCUCCCGAAAUGGGAAACCUAGUCAAUCUUGUUAAGCUCUACAUGGAUGGCAACAAUCUCACAGGUACUAUUCCUUCCACAUUGGGAAACUUGAAUAACCUAACUAUGUUGCACUUGUUCAACCAUUCCCUAUUCGGUUCCAUUCACCAAGAUAGGACAGUUGAAAUCACUACAGGGCCUAACCUUUCAGGCCAACAAUCUUACUGGCUCAAUCCCAACAUCGUUAGGUAUUUUGGAGAACUAUUGAAAUUUGUUUUACUUGAACCUGAGCAACAACAUGUUCAACCAGAAAAUUCCAUUAAAGAUUGUUUCAUUCCAAAGAGUUUUGAAGAUAUGCGUGGCUUGGCGUAUAUUGAUAUAUCGUACAAUCAGUUGCAAGGUCAUAUUCCCCUGAGCAACGCCUUCAUAAAUGCAUCAAUGGAAGCACUGCAAGGGAACAAAGGUCCGUGUGGAAAUGUCAAAGGCUUGCAGCCCUGCGAAAUUCUUUCUACAAUGCACAAACACACUCUAGAAAAUGGGACACUUGUUCUUAUAAUCGUGCUCUCUCUUGGUGAAGCACUCUUACUUUUAGGUGCAUUCAUCAGACUUCUCAUCAUUUUCAAUUCAAGAAAGAGAAAGUCACGAGUUAAAAAGGGUGACACCCAAACCUCAAUUGAAGAUCUGUUAUCAAUACUAAUACUCGAUGGAAGAGCGAUGUACAAUGACAAUAAACUUCAUCCGUUAUCUGAGAGGGCCGAUAGGAAAGAUUUCUUAAACGGGGUAAGGGCAUUGACAGAAAUUAAGCAUCGAAACAUAGUGAAUCUUUUUGGGUUUUGUUCGUAUGCUCGAUACUCUUUUCUAGUUUAUGAGUACAUCGAAAGAGAUAGUUUGGUUGUAAUUUUCAACAAAGAUGAAGAAGCUAAAGAAUUGGAUUGUCCAAAGAGGGUGAAUAUUAUUAAGGGUGUGGCAAGCGCUUUGUCAUACAUGCACCAUGAUUGCACACCGUCCAUUGUUCACCUAGACAUUUCCAGCAACAAUGUUUUGAUUGAUGAAGAGUAUGGGGGUCAUAUUUUGGACUUUGGCACUGCCAAGCUUUUGAAGCUAGAUUCCUCUAACUAG